AUGAUCAUGAUAAUUGUUAUCUCGAUGCUUAUCGUUAUGUCUAGUCACACUUUCGUCGUUUUUUGUGCGAAGACGAAAAAAGAAAAGAAGGAUAAUUUAUUGGCAGUGACUCCACAGGCUAAUACACCAAAUAAAAUUGGCAAAAAACCAUCAAUAAUUGUGGAGAGAGAAGAUCGAGAUUCUACAAGAACAAAAGCUGGAAACCGACAUUUAAAAGAUAGUAAAGAACCAGAUUCAACUGAUGAUGCUUUCAAAGACCUGGCCGCCCGUCUCCAAAAAAAAGAGAAACAAGAUAAAACAAAUGAUUCACUUCUUGUAAAUGAUGAUGAGAAUCCAUUAGUUCAACUCCAAAUGCCAGAACGACCAGUUGUAGAUUUGAAACAAGACGGUAUUAAAUUAGAUAAUAUAGUCCAAAUGGAAAAGAAGCCAACAUCAAAACAGCCUAAUAAUAAAGCACCAACGCCAACGACAGGUCCAAUGACAGCUAAAGAUGUAUCAAUAUCAAAUCAGAUAGAAGAAGGAGAAAAGAAAUCGAAGAAAUCACAAAAAGGAGCUACUGUAACUGGAAAAUCAAAAUUAGAAAGUCCGAUAAAAACGGAUAAAACACAAUCGGAUCCACGUAUUGAUCAAACACAAAUUGCCACGUUGGAAGAAGAUGCGACGAAAAAAGAGAAAGAAAAGAAGAAAGAAGAUGGAUCACAGAAGAAGACAUCAGGAUCUGCAAAGAAACUCAAUAAAGAUCCGAGUGUGAAAAGUAAGAUCUCAUUCAACAAUGAAACUGUAUUCCAAGUGCAAGACUUCACUCCAAAAUUCUAUUCCAAGUGGAUAUCCUGUGGAGAACGAAAGUUCCUGAACACUAAUGACAAAGCCAAUAAAUUCUGGGAUGACUUCAAAGGGAAUUCUAAUGAAUGUGACAAAGAAGCCGAGAUUUUAAAGAAUAUGAAAGCACUUCCAUUCCAGAAUAGAGAUGAGAUGAAGUAUGCCAUACUACCAGUUCAAAAAUCCUCCAAAAAUGUGUUCGUUACUCUCGGAAUUGGACAGGACAUUACAGCAGAGGAGGCAUUUGCGAAGGUGGGUCAAGAUGUCACAUUCUACGGAGCCGAUCCAAUCGUUAAAGGAAAUUCUGAACAGUAUUCGAGAAUUGGAAAAUUCUUCCCAUUUGCAGUUGGAGCAAAAGCUGGAUACUCGACUGCCAGUGUCCUUUUGAAUGGUAAUUAUGUAGACGUCUCUGUUGUCCAUGUGGAUAUUUACUACUUUUUGAGCGAAGUUUUGGGAGAAAAGUUUGUUGAUCAUCUCUGGAUGGAUGCUGAGUACGCAGAAUAUGGAAUGCUUGAUAUGUUCUAUAAAAACAGUCGAAUGGAUCGAGAAGGACUGACUUUCUGUCAAAUGAGUUUAGAGGUCCAUAAUCCAAAACAAGGCCAGAAGGAACAAUUCAUGGAAUUCAUCAAAAAUUUAAUAAAAGAGAAACAAUUCGGUUUCUUCUUCAGUGAAAACGUGUCUCACAUGAGGAUGUGGUUAUUCAACUUCGGAAGUCAGUACUGUGUCAAUAAGUUUUUCGCUUAG